CAUCCCCUCUGAGUUUACCCACCUGCUCUGUGACUCCGCUCUGUUAUCCCAGCCACAGCCAACUGCAUCCUCAUGACCCUGUGGAGGUGGGGGGUGGGGUAUUAGAGGAGAUGGUACAGCACAGGGGCAAGGGCAGAUGUGCUCUCCAGGACAAGUACCGUCACCCACUGAGAGACUUUUCAAGACAAACACAGCUUCCCCUCUUCAGAUUGGUGCAAGCUGAGGCACUGAAAGCCAUUAUUUUAGAAAACCACACACCGUACUCCUAACGGUCCCUUUGAUUUUGUGCUUGUGGAAAGUAACAGCCAGAGAGAGAAAUGUGAACAGUAACAUGUAUAUUUUAGUUGUAGUCUGAGUCAAGGGGACAUGCGCCCAAUCCUCUUCCUCAUCCUUCAGCCCUCGGCAGACCCUGACCUCUCAAUUGCACAAUUCAGAGCUCGGCACUCAGCAGGCACUCAAUAACUGUCUGUGCCAAGUGAGAACAAUUUCCUGGGGCAAGUAGGAGUCAAUCUCGCAUCCCUCCCUGCCUUUUUUCCUCCCCGUCCAACCUUUGGGGCUCUGGUUUCCUGCAAGCAGUGAAUUAUUCAUGUCUGCUCAGAGAUAUCACAUUGGCCCUUCGUAGGUUGCCAACCGGGUGGAGCAGGGAGGUGGCUUUGUUAAGAGUCUGUAAAUAGGAGCGACCUCCUUGUUCAAACAGCACUUACAGGUAGGUGACUGUUUUUGCUAAGUCAUCCUGGGGAUGCUCAAAGUCCCAUUGUGAUAUCCUUCCUGGCUCCUCCUUCCUCCCCGCCCCUUUAACAGACCCUUAAGUGGGCUCACACUGCUCUGCCGCUCACUCUGCACUCCCACCAUGGCUUACAUUGCCAAGUCCUUCUACGACCUCAGUGCUAUCAGCCUGGAUGGGGAGAAGGUAGAUUUCAACACAUUCCGAGGCAGGGCAGUGCUGAUUGAGAACGUGGCCUCGCUCUGAGGCACAACCACCCGGGACUUCACCCAACUCAACGAGCUGCAAUGCCGCUUUCCCAGACGCCUGGUGGUUCUUGGCUUCCCUUGCAACCAAUUUGGACAUCAGGAGAACUGUCAGAAUGAGGAGAUCCUGAACAGCCUCAAGUACGUCCGCCCUGGGGGUGGAUUCCAGCCCACCUUUACCCUUAUCCAAAAGUGUGACGUGAAUGGUCAGAAUGAGCAUCCUGUCUUCACCUACCUGAAGGAUAAGCUCCCCUACCCUUACGACGACCCAUUUUCCCUCAUGACCGAUCCCAAGUUCAUCAUUUGGAGCCCUGUGCACCGCUCAGACGUGUCUUGGAACUUUGAGAAGUUCCUCAUCGGGCCAGAGGGGGAACCCUUUCGGCGCUACAGCCGCACCUUCCCAACCAUCAACAUCGAGCCCGACAUCAAGCGCCUCCUCAAAGUUGCCAUAUAAACACCAGCAGAUCUCCUACUUCCUGCUGCCCCUGAGUGUCUUUCCUGAGCAUUCAGUGUGCCCUCAGGAGACUCUGCUGGGCCCAGGCUUUCCCUUCAGAUCAGUUCCCUUCAUUGAAUAGCCUUGCCUUUCUGGUCUGCCUGCUUCCUUUCCUUCCCCCCAAACUUCUGGUUGGUGAUUCAACCUGGGGCUCCAAGACGGCUGGGCUCUGAGCUUUCACAGGAUGAUGGCACCUUCCUAAACCUGUAUGCGAGGUGUCUGAGAAGUGUGAGGGUCCGGAGCCAGCCUGCUGGCUGAGUCCAAUAAAGGGCGGGUGUGGAAACGG